AUGCCACAAGUACUCCAACGCAAUAAUACCCUUUCACAGUUAUCUCCGAUGUGUUUGUCAUCCAUCACCGGUCCCACUAUACACCCAUUCCAAACCAAAAAGAGAUCGGCAUCCUUUUUGGAUGUACUCAAUAUAUCAACAACUGGAAAUAUAAAAACGCCACCCCUAUCAAGAACUUCAUCCAUUGAUGAAAAUUCUCCAUUGUGCAACAAAUGUGAGAACAAACGCAGAAAGAUAGCUUCUUCUUCGAAGUCCGCGCAGAAUAGAUACUCCUUUCCAGCCUUUUUAAGUAACGAAGCUUCAUUCCCAUCCUGGUAUCUCCAGGUGCAAAAACUUAUAUCUAAGAGAUUCCCUGGCUAUGUGGUUCUCGAUCUUAUACCCACUCAACCAGUCGAAGACGAAACAUACCUACAGAAGUUGGACCGGGCGCACACUCUAUGCGCUCAGAAUGAAUACAUAAACCAAGAAUUAAACCACAUUUUAUUUGAAUAUGUCGAUGAAAAGUGGACUCAAUACUUAACGACGGACUUGGCAAGUGAAAACUUUGAAACGCUUAAACACAUUUUUCAAAGCAAGAUAACGGCAAAAUACUUGAUAGAGUUGGAAUCGAAUUUGAAAUUUGAUAAAGACGACGUUCCGCAAUUCCUAUCUAACAUCGAAUUGCUUAGCCAGGUUUAUUUUAUUGUUUUCAGAGAAAUUCCAAACCGUAAUGUGAAGACACAGUGGGCAAUGCAAGCAUUACUAAAAAACGUUGAAAAAAACAAGCAAAUCAUAGCUGAAAUCAAUAAGGAAGGUGUCCAAUCUUGUGAACAGUGCAUAUUCUCGAUACUCAAAGGUGCGCAUCGAGUUAUUUAA